CGGUGUAAUUUGCAGCCAAUCAUCAGUAGGUGUCCACAUCCCUGCAUCCUCCUCACCUCCUUGGCGCGGCUCAGCCUCCCCUCCCCCCGCGCUCUUUCCCUCCCCCUCCGCCUCUUCAUUUUCCUCCCCUCCCCCAGCAACCACACACACGCAGACACACACAAACAGAGAGGGGGAGAGCGAGCCUCCCCCGGGUCCCUCCCUCCCUCGCACACAGCGACUGGAGAGACGGACGGAGCGCGACGCGCAGGGAGAGGAGACCACCGAGCACCACCGAGCCAAGCGCUCUCACACAUUCACGCGCUCACGGACACACACACACACAUUCAGCGCCUGCUCUUUCCUCUCGCCCGCUCCCUUGCCCCCCCCUCCUCCUCCUUUCUCUGCAACAAGGAGAGAGAGGGAAAGAGGAAAAAAAAGAAAGCCACUUACAGGUAUUUGCUUAGUGGAUCGGCGUCUUUAUCUCUUCCCCACCAACCAAACUCCCCUCCCCCCAUCACCGCCCUUUACAGUUUGUUUACAAGUAUCAAAGUUGUAAUUGAGGAGCUGCCAACGACACAUCGGGAUAUUCUGCUUUUUUUUUUAACCCCCUCCUUUGUGUUAGGGAGUGAUGUGCAACUAAUUAAAGACAGACAGGCGGGCUACACGUCUGCAAAUCCAAGUGUCCCCCUCCCAAUACAGACGGUAGUGACAGUUCCCGGAGAGGAGGAUGCAAGCGAAGAAGCUGCCUGAGACUUCGCCGUCUUCCGAGAUGCAUCCCAAAGAGGAUUAAAGGGCACCGUUUCCCCCCCUCCCCUUCCCCUCCCCUUGACCCCUCUGGCUACCCAGCAUCCCUCCCUGCCCACCCGACGGCUCCAGUGGCCCUCCUCCCCACCCUGCCCUUCCCUCCCCUGGCCCUCCCCGGUCCCCCCUUCCUCUCCUCGCCCCCCUCCUCCUCUUCCUCCUUCCCCUCCACCCUGUUGCCCCAGGCCCACCCCCACCACCCCUUGGGCACCAUGAACACCAACGUGUGCGUGGAGACGGGGCCCAACCCGGAGGCGCCGGGGCUGCCCAAGGAGAACCACCUGCCCGACGGCGCCCUCAACAGCCUUGUGGAUUACAACUCGGAGAUGGAGAGGUACCGCUCCUUCGCCACUUUCUACAAGACUAACGGCGGGGCCUUCCCGCAGGCGGCCAAGAUCGCGCGCAUCACCACCCCCAUCUUUCCCAGCGCCGCCGCCGCGGCCGCCGCGCGCAUCGGUAUGUCCCCCUGGAACUGCGACACAGCCACGGCCGCCGCCGCCACCGCCAUGCUGUGGGGCAGCGGCGCGGGAGGCGGAGGGGCGGGCGUCGGCGGCCCGAACCCCGCGGCCGCCGUGGCCGGCGGCGUGGCUCGGAAAGCGUCGUCCUCCGCGGCGGCCGCCGCAGCCGCCGCGUCAGUAGCAGCGUCGUCGUCGUCGUCUUCGCCCGCCUCUUUGCACGCCGCCAACAGAAGCGGCGGCGGCGGCCUGCACCAUCGGAACGACUCCCAGCGGCUGGGCAAGCCUGGCUGCCCGCCAGCCGAGCAGCCCUCGUUGCAAAUGGCAAAUAAUAAUUUCCUCUCCACCUUAGCCCCUGAACACUGCAGACCUUUGGCUGGGGAAUGCAUGAACAAGCUCAAAUGCGGCGCUGCUGAAGCAGAGAUAAUGAAUCUCCCCGAGCGCGUGGGGACUUUUUCCGCUAUCCCGGCUUUAGGGGGCAUCUCAUUACCUCCCGGGGUCAUCGUCAUGACAGCCCUUCACUCCCCCGCAGCAGCCUCAGCAGCCGUCACAGACAGUGCGUUUCAAAUUGCCAAUCUGGCAGACUGCCCGCAGAGCCAUUCCUCCUCCUCUUCGUCCUCCUCCUCCCUGGGAGCCGCCGGAGGAGGAGGCGGGGGAGGCGGGGGAGGCGGCGGCGCGGGAGGAGCUGGUGGCGGCGGUGGAGGAGGAGGAGGAGGGGCAGGCAACCCUGCCAAGAAGAAGAGGAAAAGGUGCGGGGUCUGCGUGCCCUGCAAAAGGCUCAUCAACUGUGGAGUCUGCAGCAGUUGCAGGAACCGCAAAACGGGACACCAGAUCUGCAAAUUUAGGAAAUGUGAAGAGCUAAAGAAAAAACCUGGCACUUCGCUAGAGGUCAGAGGAGAUGAUUUCUUUCUUCCCAGCCUCCCGCCGUCCCUCGUGAACCCCCUCCCCCCACCUCUCCAGUGCUUCUUGUCUAGUUUCAAGAUGCAGCAUCCCUUCUCUGAAGCCUCCUUCAGGUUGUGAGGGGGAGGAGAGAGCCCCCACCCACCUGCCGUCUCCCUCGCCCCAGUUUGGCCUCUCCACAUUACCGCCCACAUGCAACAUAGCCACAGGCGCCCAGCCACUGGUUUGGACCGACCAUGAACCCACUUUAAAAGGGAGGAGGGUGGCAGGUCCCCUGGAAUAAAUCUAUGGCAGGGGAUUUGGGGGUUGCCCACUUUUAAUUUUUAUUUCCUUUUGAUCCUAUGGAAAAGAAAUGGGGAAUGGGGGAAGUCCAUUAAUUUUGCUAUGUGGAAAUGACAAUUAUUUAACAUCAGAGAAAAGGAUUUUUUUAUAUAUAUAAAAAAAUCAUUAUAUGAAGAUAUAAAAAACUUCAACACAAGUUGAGCUUAUUACACUAUACAUUGAUCUGAACAAAUUCUGUAUAUUUUAUCUGUUACUAUAAAGAGUUCUGUCUGGUGACAUGUAAUCUAUUUUUUACUUAUGUGAAAAUGGUGAAGGGUGAACCUUUUGAAAAUCUGAAAUAUUUUUAAUGCACAUGAAACAUUUAUUUUUAAGUUUUAAAUUAAUUGUGGCCAUUCGGAGGGAUUCCUGCCCCCCCCUUUUGUGUGUGUCUCCUGUGUGGAUUUUGCUUCAUUUGGAGGUUAGGGCAGGAAACCUUUUUGUUUUGUUUUUAGUUGAACCCCCCAAUGUUAUUGUCAUCAGUUCAGAACAAAUUAAUAGCUAGCUAAUAUUUAGGGUGACUUUUUAGGGGGCAAGUUGGUGGUAAUUUGAUGCAAGAAAAUAAUUGGUGGUAGAGGUAAAGGAGUUGGUGAAGUGUGCUAAGAAUAACAUACUUUUUGGCAACACAUCUUUACCAAAAAUAACCCUUUGUGGUAUGUUUUACAAUCAGAUAAAGUACACCUACGACUGAAGUUGUUAUGUGUGACAAAUGUAUAUACAUUUAUUUUUUAAAAAAUCUUGUUCUCAGAAUUGACAAAGUAUUGAGUAUCACAGAGCUGUAAAGACGGAUUUUCCAGUUUGGUAGGCAACACAAACAACAGCCAUGAGGGGAUGUUGAAAUUUCAGUUCAUGAAUUUAGUCUAGCAGGCAGCAAAAAAAAAAUAUAGAAAAAAUAGGGAAAAUGUGUAAAAUGACUAAUAGUAUUAUUUUUAGAUGGAGGAAAACAAGAGGAAAGACUUGUAAUCAUAUUUAAACCCCUGUCAUUAUUAAAAUUAUAGUGUGGCUGGUAAGAUGAACAUAUCAGAAGAGACUGUUUGUGGUGGGAAACAACUUAAAUGGUAUAGAAAGUACUUUACUGGCUGAGAGAUGUAAAGCAGGGAUGGGGAACCUGUGGACCCUCCAGACAUUGCUGGCCUUCAACCACAUCAGCCCCAGCCAGUGUGGCCAGUGGUCAGGGAUGAUGGGAGCUGUAGUCCAAUAAUAUCUGGAAGGGCACAUGUUCCCCAUCCCUGAUGUAAAGUCACUAAAAUUAGCAGUGUGAUGAGAAUUGCAACUGUGACCAACAGGAAUUCUAUCAAUGGAGCCAUUGUAUUGGUAUUAAUGUUACAACUAAGUUAAAGGUUUUUAUUUUAGAAAGUAAUACUUGGAUUAUGAUAGUUUUAUUUUGCCCUUGUGUGAUUGAACUAUCCUUUUGGCAAGUUUAAUACCUCAGGCUGCAAUCCUAUGCACACUUUCCUGAGAGUAAGCCCCAUUGAACACAGCAGAUCUUGCUUUUGAGUAAACAUGCAUAGGAUUGCAUUGUCAUUCCUUCUUUAUUUCCCAUUGCUGCUUAUUGUGCAUAUAUGAUAAAUGAAUCUCGCAGAAUGCAACAACCUCUAUGGAUUAUAUUUCAGAUGGUAGAAAUCGGUUGUAUAUAGAUUUGCCUGUUAUUUUUGGUUGAGAAUGCACUCCUGUUUAUUUCAUAGAACAUUUCAAAGAAUGUAUAUUGUGAUUUUUACAAUAAACAGUAAAUGCUGGAUUUGAAGACUGAACCAAGACUAAACUAAAAAUAAUUUUUAUUUCUGUUCCUGGUGGCAGUAAAUGUAAUCUUUUCUACAGUUAUUUGAUUCUCCUCCUUAGACACAAUGACCGCGAUUUAGCUAGUUUUGUUAUGAUUACAGCAAGGCUGUAAGCACAUUUACUCAGGAGUAAGUCUCAUUUAAAACAAUGGGACUUUAGAGUGGGCUUAAUAUCCUACUCAAAUCAGUGGGAAAAAUUUUGUAAUGACCUGAAGUUUCAUUGCUGUAAAUUGACAUGUAAUCUAAUCCUAUGCGUGUUAACAGAAAUAUAUCCCCCUAUGUUCAGCGGGACAUAUUCCCAAGUAAGUGUGCAGAGGCAUUGUGACCUUAACAAUUAACUAGACCUUGUUUUGGCAAAUGCAUGUUUCCAUACCCAUAUCUGCUGAAACAAUGAGAGCAAGUGCCCUCUCCGUGGUUAAGGAAAACUACUUGGGAGACAUUAGAAGGGUAUUUGUCAGUGGGGGUGAAGACUGAAACACUCCUUCCUAUCCUCCAGUUCUUUUCUGUAAGUGCCCCCUAUUUGCUGCAUAAGUGUUACAAGGGGAACACACAUGGUUAGAACUCCAUGAUACCCUCAAAAUAUCUGCUGUCCUCAGUCACAGCUUAACUUUUUAGCUGGACUGUGGCCAAAGUCUUAUUUCCAUCAGGUCUGCAAUUUUUUGCAAAGUAACUUGUUUUGUGAACUUUUUCUAAUGUUUCCAGCCCAGUCCUAAAUAAGCACUCAAAAGUAAUUCUGAAUUUAGUUCAAUUUGCUUCCUAGCAACUAUGCUUAAAAUUGUAGCCAUAUAGUAUUAUUGUAAUAUAGCUUUGGGGUAUAACUUAUUGAUCUGUCCAAUCAGCAAGACAGUGGGAGAAGGAAUGUGUGGGAGGACUAAUUUAUGAAUGAAGAUUUGGCAGGUGUCUCUAGGCACAUGGGAUGAACUUUCUUUUUGCCUGACAAAAAAGUAUUUUAAAAUUGCCCAAGUGUGUCAUAUGAGAUCCUUGCAUAUUAAAAUGGCUUAAAGGAUGUGGCUAAACAAAAGCAUGGUUUUAUUACUACUUUCAGAACCACCCUCCUUAACUUUGUUGUUGCUUAUCUCCUCUCUGUCUCUCUCAUACACACCCUGUGCUGUUGCAUCUGGACUAGAAAUAAUCUGAUCUCCUUUUCUAACACUAGAGUUAUUCUAUCAUUCUAACACUAGAGUUAACAUUAACUUCUCUGUAGAUCAUAGCCAAUGAGUCACAAAAUAUAUUGUGCCAUGUGGCUAAUAUCAUAGGCACAUUACUUGCUAGACUGAAAGAAGUUCAAAUUGAAUCAUUUUCUAUUUCAGUUAGCCCCCCCCUUAUUUAUCAAUUCCCCUCCCUCUUCCCUUUUUAUUUUAAUUGGAUAAUAAAGAGUGACAACAUGACUGCCUAAAGCACAUGUGCAGCAACAACGGGGUCUGGUUGUAAGGCAACCAGCUGGAAGCAUGUCAGAGACUGACAGGGCCUACAUGACUGAACUGACUCCUCCACAGCGGUUGCAGGUGGGUGAGAAUAGUCUCCCUGCUGAACUGGCUUCUGAGGCUGAGAUUGGCUUGUGGUCUCUGUCAAUCAGUGUUUGGGCCAGCAGUGAAUCAUUGCAGUCUAGAUGGGCACAAAAUUCAUCAUACAUUGCCUGGAAGACAUGGAAAUGCCUGGAAUGGAAGGCAGAGACAGUAUGCACGCCAUCCUCAAGUUGUACUUCUUCCUCCUCCCCCCCUUUAAUAGAACUUGAUUUUAAUUCAGUGCUGUUCUAAGCCAGAGACUCUGAUGUACAAGGAAAUGCUUGCUGGUGUACAAAGAGAGAUACUCAGUGGCCCAUGGAUAUUUUGCUCUCAGAAGCCUUUUGCAUUUAUAAAAUGGUCCUGAGCUCUAAAGCAGGGAUGGGGAGCCUGUGGCCUUCCAAAUGUUGCUGGACUACAACUCUCAUCAUCCUUGACCAUUGGCCAUACUGGUUGGUGUCCCAACAACAUCUGGAGGACCACAGGCGAAGAGAACAGAGGAAUCUCUUGACUCCAGUGGCAGCUGGUGGCUCCAUGAGUACCACCAAAUACCUUGGACAGCUCCUUGAAAGUUCACACUAAAACCCGGAGAGGAUUUCAUUGCGCCACUGGCAUGGAGCCACCAGCUGCCACUGCUAGGUUCUUGUGGAUCCUUGUUGAGUUUAGGAUUGGCACAGUGGAGUUUAAAGCUGCUUCACAUAUACAUCCACAUGUUUGCUUGGGAUAUUGGAACAUUGGCAACAGAGAUUGCACUGUAGUAUGCCUUCUGCUAAAUGUGUGCAGAACCAGUAAGUCUUGGGACCACUCUCAAAGCGUCUUUCCCCUCCCAUUUAGCUCGCAAAUAAGUACAGAAGUUUAUAGCCACAUUUUUUUCUUGCUAGCCACAUACUAGGGCAAGUCAUUUGUAUUAGCUAGUCUGGAAGGGAAAAAGAAAUCAACUCUGUUCCUGUUUAGAAAAAUUGACACUGUUGAUCACUUGGAGGCAAUUCCUGUUAGUCACAAACAGAUAUAAAAGUUGCUAUCUACAAACCAGUCUAUUUUAUGCCUGACCUUUGUACUUUUGAA